CAAUUUGACAUAACUUGAAUUGAAAUUGUUCAGUCAGAAAAAUCGUAGAAUUUUCCAAAAACUGCAGUAAUGGAUAAAUAUUUAGUUUAGUUCAAGUACAACUUCUUUAUUUAUCUAUAUUUUAGUGAAAAUGGCGUUAAAAAAAGUGAAAGGCAACUUUGAGAGGAUGUUCGACAAAAAUCUCAGUGAUUUAGUUCGAGGGAUUCGAAAUAACAAAGAUAACGAGGCGAAAUACAUAGCUCAGUGUAUGGAAGAAAUAAAAGUCGAAUUAAGGCAGGAUAACAUAGCAGUGAAAGCUAAUGCCGUUGCAAAACUCACCUAUUUACAAAUGCUGGGAUACGACAUAUCCUGGUCUAUUUUUAAUAUUAUAGAAGUAAUGAGUUCAAACAAAUUUACAUAUAAGAGAAUUGGAUAUUUAGCUGCUAGUCAAUCAUUUCACGCUGACUCUGAACUUCUUAUGCUCACCACCAACAUGAUACGGAAAGACCUGAAUGCUCAAAACCAAUAUGAAGCAGGGCUUGCCUUGAGCGGGCUCAGCUGCUUCAUCUCCCAUGACCUCGCACGAGACCUGGCCAAUGAUAUCAUGACACUGAUGAGUUCAACCAAACCGUACCUGAGAAUGAAAGCCGUGCUGAUGAUGUACAAAGUGUUCCUGAGGUAUCCAGAAGCACUGCGGCCGGCUUUCCCUAAGUUAAAAGAAAAACUAGAAGAUCCGGAUCCAGGUGUGCAGUCGGCAGCUGUGAACGUGGUGUGCGAGCUUGCCCGGAAGAACCCCAAGAACUACCUGUCCCUCGCACCUGUGUUCUUCAAACUCAUGACCACUUCCACUAAUAAUUGGAUGUUAAUUAAAAUUAUUAAACUGUUUGGUGCCUUAACCCCAUUAGAGCCCCGUCUUGGCAAGAAACUGAUAGAACCAUUGACUAAUUUAAUACAUAGUACAUCGGCCAUGUCCCUCCUGUACGAGUGCAUCAACACGGUGAUCGCGGUGCUCAUCAGCAUCAGCAGCGGCAUGCCGGGCCACGCCGCCUCCGUGCAGCUCUGCGUGCAGAAGCUCCGGAUACUCAUCGAGGAUAGCGAUCAGAAUUUGAAAUACCUGGGUCUGCUGGCGAUGUCGCGCAUCCUGAAGUCGCACCCCAAGUCGGUGCAGGCGCACAAGGACCUGGUGCUGGCGUGUCUGGACGACAAGGACGAGUCCAUCCGCCUGCGCGCGCUCGGGCUGCUGUAUGGCAUGGUAUCAAAGAAGAACCUAAUGGAGAUAGUCAAGAAGCUGAUGCUCCACAUGGAGCGUGCUGAAGGCACCCUGUACCGGGACGAGCUGCUGUCGCGCAUGGUGGAGAUCUGCGCGCAGAACAACUACCAGCACGUGAGCGACUUCGAGUGGUACGUGACCGUGCUGGCCGAGCUCACCGAGAUGGAGACCAGCGCCAAGCAUGGAUCACUAAUCGCGUCACAGCUGCUCGAAGUGGGCGCGCGAGUGUCGGGCGUGCGUCUGUUCGCGGCGCGCGAGUGCGCCAGCAUCGUGCGCGCGGCGGCGACGGGCGCGCCCGGCCCCGCCACCCGGGAGGUGCUGUACGCCGCCGCCUACGUGCUGUCCGAGUAUACCACCGAGGAAGACGUGAUGGAGUCGUCGAUCACCCCUCUACUUCUCUGCGCGGGCGGCAGCGGCGGCGCGGCGCGCGCGCGGGCCGUGUGCGUGCACGGCGCGCUCAAACUGUGCGCGCGGGUGCUGCGCCUGAAGGAGCGGCGUGGAGAGAAGGCUCGGGCUAUAGAGAUCCUGCAAGAGACGCUGUCAGGGCUGCAGCGCCUGCUGAGCAGCGAGGACAUGGAGGUGCAGGAGCGCGCGCACGACGCCGCCGCGCUGCUGGCGCUGGCGCUCGCGGCCGCUGAGGACAGCCCCGUCGUGGACAUACCCGCCAGGUCAGUGCUCUAUACCCCUGCAGGAGACGCUGUCAGUAAUGGCCUGGACCCUCUAGAAGAGCUGGCGAACGGCGAGCAGGCGGCGCCGUCGUUCAGCAACGGCCUGAUCGAGGAGCUGGCGGAACUGUUCGACGGCGAACUCAAACCCGUCGCGCCUAAAGCGCAGAAGAAAGUACCUAUGCCUCCCGACCUAGACCUGGAGCGCUGGCAGGCGGCGGGCUGGUCGUCGGACAGCUCGAGCUCGUCGGACGAGGAGGCGCGCGAGGACGCCACGCCGCCGCUGUUCGCGCCCGCCGCGCCCGCGCCGCGCCCGCCCGCGCAGUUCACGCAGGACGAGCUGGAUAUGCUCCGCGAGGCGCGCAAGGCGGAGCAGGCCAACAACCCGCACUACCUCAAGGACGGCUCCCCGCGCUCCUACCAGCAGGACGACGCGCCCGUCGCCGAGAUCGCGCUCGAGGUGCCGCUGCAGAUACACACCAAGAGAUCUGACAAGUACCUGACAAGGCGAGAAGACAACAACAAGAAGUCCAAGAAGCCGAAGAAGCGGAAGAGCAAGAAGGCAGAGAAGUCUAUACUCGCCGACUCCUACAGCGAAGAUGACGAUGCGUCGCCGACCGCUCGGCCCGAGGUGUCUGUGGGCGGCGAGCUGCCCGAGGGCGCGGCGUCGUCCGACGACGAGCCGCCGCCGCGCGACGAGCCGCACCGCGCGCUCGACCUCGACCUCGACCUACCUUUACGAGAAGAAGAGUUGCUGGCGACAAGAAUACAGCAAUACCCGCUACCGGAGAGCGGCCAGCUGAAGAAAACACCCAAGAAAAAGAAGUCAAAGAAGAGCGAUUCCGACCAGCCUUUAGCAAAGAACGACAAGAAGAAAAAAUCUAAAAAAACAAUUAAGGUCGUAGAGGAAAACUUAAUUAAUACUGAUUACAUGAUUGUGGAAGAAGGCGGGGACAAACCCAAUAGUGAGCAACUAACCGACCAGACGACUCCUGUCAGUGAGAAGCGUAAGAAGUCCAAGAAAGAUGACAAGGAUAAGGAAUCCAAACACAAGAAGCCCUCAAAGAAAGAUAAGCAUGCGAACAAAACUGGUUAUGAAGAGGCACUCGGCAUUUCCACGCCCAGUAAGGAGGUUAUUUAGUAUAAUAUAAUCUUUAAUUCUUGUCACUAUACUCAUGCUCUUUCAGUGCAAUCUUUAAGUUCAAUGAAGUUUAAGAGCAAAGGACCUUGAGCCUAAUAACCAUAAUGUUAUGUAUAGCAUUAGUCUAUUACUAGGGAAAGAAUUACUUAAUGAUAAUUUUUCUUAUGUAUCCUCUCUGCUAAGGCUCAAGUUAUGAUGGUCAAAAUGUAUUUAGUAGCUAAAAAUAUGUUAUGUUUAAUUACUUACUAUAUUUUUAUGAUUUCACCAUAACUACUUAACGUGAAACAAGUCCAUAAUAAUGUAUGUAAUAAUAUUACGUAAGUCUAUGUUAUAACAAAGGCAAAUAUAUAAUCAUGUACAGUUUUAUUAAAAAGAAUUUAUGAAAAAAUAUACAGUUUGAUUUUAAAGAAAAUUCACAAAUAAAUAAGAAAGAUCUGAACCCUAUAAACAGAACAAGAUAUUGUUUUAGUCUAUCACAGAUAAAACCUACGCCUACGAUAAGGCAGGAAACAGAGAAUGUAUGUUUUAUGCUUCGGGUUUUUUACCUCUUCUAACUCUCUUCCGUAUCCGGUCCACGCAAGCGUUCGCGCCGUUGGCAUCGUCGCCUCCGCUGCCACCUCUGGCAUCCGUAAUUUGAACCUAUGGUUGUGAAUAAAAAAAACAGCUCAGCUAUACUACAAAUGUACCUUCACAGAGACCUUCUUAAGAAUCAAUAAAUAAGAAAAACAAGGGUGAGGAAUUAAAUGAAACCUGAACGAGCAGAUCUAAAUAAAUUUAUUAAAAUUUGACAUUAUUGACAAAACCAAUAAAUUAAUUACACUGCGUUACAUAUUUAUUUCAAUGUACUUAAACUUUCCAAGUAAGUAACAAUUUGCAUGUUAUAUAGUCGUAUAAGUUGUCUAUUUACAAAGGAAUAUGGUACAUACUUAGUGUACAUGAUUAUUGCGCUGAUACACGUUUUAGGCAACUUGCCUCGAAAAUUAAUUGAAUAAACAAUACAAAUAUAACUCGUACCAUUAGUGUACAUAGAUACUCAGAUAUAUCGCUCGAUCGUGACUGGCUGGUUAUUUAUAAUACUUUAUGGCUAUAGGACACAUUUCAACUUAAAUAAUGGAGGCAUGACUCGUAGCCAACACUUACUUUACUCAUAAUGACGAUUGCAGCAAAAUAUUACAGUUUUAUUCACUAACUACUCAACAAUCAACAUGAAAACUUAACUAUUAAUUAAUUAUCUACUUUCAAUAAAUAAAACAAUACGAGUGAAUUAAUUCUAGCCAGCCGCUGCUGUUGCAACACCAAAGUUAUACGAAAUAUGAAUAGUUACGAUGUUCUUACAUAGAUGCUUCAAUUCCAAUCAAUAUAAAUGUGAAUAAGUAGAAAAUGUGACAUCAAAAGCAAUUACAUUUGUAAAACUUAUAGUUACAAAAAUGUAAAUACAUAAAAAAUAAACAAAAAUAAAACUUCGAUCUCUAUCUACAUUUAUAUCACCUGAAUCAUAUACUCGUAAUAUGUAUUUUCUACAUCACAAUAAAAUAUUGAAAUAUAUAACAACAUACAAAGAACACCGACUUACACAAAAUACAAUCUUAAUGCGGCUUUAACAAGUUUUAUGUCUAAGCUAGAAUUAAAUAAUUUGCCAAUAGCGUGAGUGAUGAGUAACAUAGACGAGUGAAGCUACAGACAUCACA